GAGCUGGGACUAGAACCCAGGCAUCCUGCUCCAACCACUAGACCACACUCCCUCCACACAGCAUGUUCUUCUCCAAGCUCUUUGGCCGAGAGCUGGGAGGCCCCAUCCCUUGCCAGGGCCGGAGUGGGAGACGGGACGCAGGACUCCAGUAACAGAGGAAAUCAGGCAGCAGCAUGGCGCAUGCAGCUAGUUGUCUCCAAUGAUCAUGUUCACCGGAUCAGCCGCCGGCAGCUACACCACCACAAUGGAGACGUUCAGCUCCAGGAACCUGGCCCUGCAGGCAGAGAAGAAGAUCCUGAGCCACAUGGCCAGCAAGUCGGUGGUGAAUGUAUUCCUGGACGAUACAAGCAGCGAGAUCCUGGACGAGCUGUAUCGGGUCUCCAAGCUGCAUACCCAGAACCGGGCCGAGGCCCAGAAGGUCAUAAAGAACCUCAUCAAGGUGGCUGUCAAGAUCAGCGUGCUGUACCGCAACAACCGCUUCAGCACUGGCGAGCUGGGCCUGGCGGAGGAGUUCAAACACAAGCUGCACCAGGGUGCCAUGACGGCCGUCAGCUUCUACGAGGUGGAGUUCACCUUUGAGCCAGGCGUGCUGACCCAGCUGCUGCAGGACUGCCGGGAUAUGCUGCUGCAGCUGGUGGAGAAGCAUCUGACGGCCAAGUCCCACAGCCGCAUCCGCCACAUCUUUGAUCACUUUGCCAACGACGAUCUGCUCAGCCAGCUCUACAGCCCUGGGGAGCCCUACCGGCCCCACCUGCAGAAGAUCUGCCAGGGCUUGAACAAGCUGAUAGAGGAGGGGAAGCUGUGAGGGGGGUGGGAGGGGGCCUUGCCUUUCUCCUCCUUCUCAGCCAGCAAAAGAUUAUGGGAGUUGGGGGUUUGUAACUAAUGGGGGCCUGGAAGAACCUCACUCCCUUAGGCACCUAUGGAAAUCCUAACCAAGGAGCAAGGACCUUCAGGUUUAUAGGGGCUGGAGAACUGGAUGAUCCAACAGGACAAUCAAGACUGAGGCGUGUCCCGGUUGCGCUCAGGACCGUCCGUGCUCUCCACAUGUGCCCCAGACCUCUCCACGCCCUCAUAGAUCAGCGCCCCAGUCCUCAACUCUUUCUCCCCAUCAGUGACGCUUGCAGAGUGGUUAUUUUUGUACACAUUCGUCUUGUCAUUACUAACGCGUUAAGAGGGGAGAAGCCG